AGGUGUCAGUACUGUUGUUAGCCCUACAUUAAAGAUGAAGACACCUGAAGCACAGAGAAGGUGAGACCCGUACCCCAGGUCACAUAGCUAGUAUUUUGUGGAGUUGGUAUACUAACCCAGGAAGGCUUUUCUGCCUCAGAACAGAUAUGGUGAAAUCCCAGGCAACCAAGAGGAAAGCUUCCAGAAGAGGCUGUUCAAUAUCAUUUGAAAUUUUUUGUUGUUGUUGUUGUACGCGGGCCUCUCAGUGUUAUGGCCUCUCCCGUUGCAGAGCACAGGCUCUGGACGCGCAGGCUCAGUGGCCAUGGCUCACGGGCCCAGCCGCUCCACGGCACGUGGGACCCUACCGGACUGGGGCACGAACCUGUAUCCCCCGCAUCGGCAGGCGGACUCCCAACCACUGCACCACCAGGGAAGCCCUGAAAUUGUUUUAUAUUUUAACAUUUUCAUGUCCUAUUUCAGUAUUAGGAGAGUUCCUGCACCCCUGUGAGGAUGACAUAGUUUGUAAGUGUACCACAGAUGAAAAUAAGGUGCCUUAUUUCAAUGCUCCAGUUUAUUUAGAAAACAAAGAACAAAUUGGAAAAGUGGAUGAAAUAUUUGGACAACUUAGAGAUUUUUAUUUUUCAGUUAAAUUGUCAGAGAACAUGAAGGCAUCUUCCUUUAAAAAACUGCAGAAGUUUUAUAUAGACCCAUAUAAGCUGCUGCCGUUGCAGAGGUUUCUACCUCGACCUCCGGGUGAGAAGGGGCCUCCAAGAGGCGGUGGCAGGGGAGGUCGAGGAGGAGGAAGAGGCGGAGGUGGCAGAGGUGCUAGGGGUGGUGGUUUUAGAGGUGGAAGAGGAAGUGGAGGUGGAGGUUUCAGAGGAGGAAGAGGGGGUGGUGGUUUUAGAGGAAGAGGACAUUAAGUGUAACAGUUGACAGAGAAACUUCACCAGUUGACUUCGGCAUUAACCUCAUGAUCUACAUCUAUGGAUCAGAAACUCGUUUCUUGAUCAAAUCUUGAAGAACUGGUCAUUUUGUGGCAGUGGAGCUAAAAUGUCAACGUCAUGCAAAAACGAGUGUGGCAGAACAGGCAAUUUUGCUCUAAAAGAGUAUGAACAAGUGUUUUAAUGUUUUGUACAAUGCUUGGAACUUGUGGGUGUUCAGUAAAGGGGCAGCUUUCAUCUGAAGCAUAUUUGAAUUUUUAAAAUAAAGAGUUUUAUUCCUUUAAGUUAUUUAGAGCUGUGUUUAUUAAGCCAGAGCUAUUUUUGAGUUAAAAGGGACAACCCAGUAGAUUUAAGAUAGAAAAAAAGGUGUUUGCAUAUAUAACUGAUCUUUUAAAAAUAUAGGCUAGUAGAGCAGUACUUCAACAUUCUCUAUAAAUUAACACUCCCUUUCAAAAUGUUUGCCUUUUGUAUAUGAGAACAUCAGCACACUUUAUUGUAUUUUCCCUUUUGUGUGUUAGUACAUAAAUCAAAGUUAGUAAGGCAGCUUCUCUAAUUGUAAUUAGUAAUUGAUUAGAAAAUUUUAGUAUUGGUUAUGAAUCUAUUAAAGAUGGAACAGCUCUGUUCAAGUUGAGAACUAGAAGUUCGUGACAUUUCUUAAGAAAUGUUUAAUUUUUCUCAUUCAACAUAGAUGGAAUGUUGAAAGUUUUACUGAAUGUUUUUAUUUUCCUUUUUUUAAGGGACUCAAGGUUUAGAUGUUACUGACCAUAAAUAAAUAUUUGAUUGCCUGCUACAUGUUCAGAUUCCUGGGUAGGGAUUUACAAAUGAAAUUGGUUUUGCUCCUCACUGCUAUUGUAGUAUCAAGACGUAACCAUGAUAGCAAGUUAGAAUACUGUGAUAUAGGAUAAUUUCCCCUGCCACUGAUUUUCCCCCCUCACAUGUGUUCAUUCUCAGAAGGAAUGGGGUUGCCAUAUCUUUUAAGUUUUCUAGCAUGUUUUAUCUAAUACUGCCUAAAGCAGUAUUUUGGGUUUUACGUAACUUU